CCCUCGACCUUCAGCAUGGUGCAACCUUCAUGGGCGAUCCUAGGAUCGAGUAUGACACUGAUUUUUGCGCGUCAAGCAACUCGAAGGUUGUCAUCUUGACGGCUGGAGCGCGUCAGUUGGAAGACGAGAGUCGGCUGGACCUCUUGCAGCGAAACGUUGAAAUUUUCAAAAAUAUAAUACCGCCGCUUGUCCAGUAUAGCCCGGAUGCAAUAUUCCUGGUAGUGACAAACCCAGGUGAAAAAAUCGAACCCGGUAGAAAAUUCGUGCAGCCUAAAGUGGUAAUUUGAAAUCUGUUUCAACCGAAGUCGACAUCAUGACCUGGGUUACCUGGAAACUGAGCAACCUUCCGGUUCACAAAGUCAUAGGGACUGGGACCCAGAUUGACUCCUCGCGGUUUCAGUUCCUCAUCUCAGAACGCCUCGGUAUCAGUCCCAGCUCAAUUGCUGCCUGGAUCAUUGGUGAACACGGAGAUUCUCAGGUUCCUCUGUGGUCUGGUGUUAACGUGGCUGGUGUUCAGCUGCGCGACAUUGUGCCUAAUAUUGGUUUGGCAACUGACUACGAGAAGUGGAAUGAGGUCCACCAGGAAGUGAUCCGAGCAGGAAUGACUUUGAGGUGCCUCAAGGGUUACACAAACACGGCAAUCGGUCUCUGCGUCGCUGGAAUCGUUGAUUCUAUCCUGCGAAAUGUGAAUGAUGUUAAAUCGAUUUCGACGUUGGUUCAGGGCCAUCACAACAUCUGUGAUGAAAUAUUCUUAUCCCUUCCUGUCGCGCUAGGCGAGGGUGGAAUCACGAAAAUUAUUCGAAUGCGGAUGACUGAGUUUGAGAAAAAGCAACUCAUGCUUUCUGCCGAGACUAUAGCCAAAGCACAAAAGGAUGUAAAAGUCUGAAUGUUUUAGAACGUCUGAGUGUUCAAAUGACUAAGCUCAAGGCGUUCUUAUGUUGUUUGCCGUUUUUGUUUUCU